UAUUUGCUAUUUUUUUAUUGCAGAAUAUUAUAUAUUUGUAUUACAACUUCAAAAUGUUUACUCCCGAAGAACAACAAAUAGAAAUAUGUUUACUUAAAUCUAAUCUCGAAAGAAUUGGAGAUGAUUUAGUUGUACAGAAUUCCGCUCUGCCAGCGUUGGACGCCGAAAAUGAACAAAAGUACCGUGAGACGAUGACAGCAUUACGAAUUGCACGCUCUCUGAAUGCAGAAAAGGAACGCUUGAAUCAAGAAAAUGUGAGAUUAACGGCCAAACGCACGCAGCUAAAGCGGCAAUGCCACGACGCAACAUUUUCUCUAGAGAAAGCUAGGCAGUACCGCGGAGAACUAGUGGAUCAUCUGAAAGGGGUCGAGCAAGAAGCGGAAUUGCUAAUCCGUAAAUACGAAGAUUCUCUUCGCGAAAAAGCCGACAGAUUUCGGAGAACGCGCAAUUAUUACAAUGAAGAGGAAACUCAGAAAGAGAUAAAUACAGUAAACAACGUGGUGUUAGAGCUAGAAAAUGAAAAGAAAAACUUGGAAAGCGCGGUUGAAGAAUUAAUACGUCAACUGAAAACCUUGCAGCCCUCUGUUCCGGCGAAACUUCUGGACAUAUUAGGCAAAACGGAUUUAGAAGAAACAGUCAAGAUUAUUUCAGAAAAACACAAAGACUUGGACGCGCAAAGAAAAUGUCUCGGCUCAUAUGUGUAAAUAAUUAUUUUAAUUGCCCUUCAUAUUUUUCCAUUAAAUUUUUGAGUUAAUUACUUAAGAUAUAAGUUUAUUUUUUUGUUAACUUUUAAGUUCAGUCAUUAAAUUGUGACGUUUUGAAUUAAAACAAUGUGUUAAUUUUUAUUUUAGCCAUAUAGUAAGUGGUUUGAGUUCAUCUGCACUUAUUUACAAAUAAGCAAGGAAUAACUUGUAAAUUAUAAGAAAGGCAUACUACUCUAUAUAUAUAUACUACUCCGCAUUCGAUUAUAAUCAUAAAUACUUACGAAAUUAAGAGCAAAGCUAAAAAAAAACAAUUUUAUUCAUAUUCUUAGCAAAUUAAUGUGAAAUUGUGCUCGAAAUC